AUGAUGUCUCUCCGCAUACAGAUGUCACAACUUGCCGUGGCGGCUGGGCUGCUUGCCAGCGCGAUGGCCCAGAUUUGCACCCCAGAAUUAGGAGACGAAGGGUACGCCUACAUAGUAAAUAGCCAGUCGGAUCUAGAUACGAUUACAGCAAAUUGUAUGACUGUCAACGGGUCAAUUUUAAUGUCUGUCGACUACACCGGUGGCUUCAGCCUCGCCAACAUCCGAAACAUUACAGGAAACCUCCAGUGGUACCAAUCGAGUGGGCCUUCUAAUAAUACCCCGCAAACUACCUCAAUGGAUUUACCCGAUCUCGAAUAUGUUGGUGGAUCUCUAGAGGUGUCUAGCAUUCCAACCUUGACAAGCCUCAUUGCACCGAAGCUGGAAACGGUGCAUUGGAGUCUAGACAUCGAUCACGCCCACGAGGUAGAUCUGCGGUCAUUGGUCGAUCUAGAGUAUAUGCGUAUUGCUGGUAAUGUUUCCAGCUUACGCCUCGACUCCUUGCGAGAGGUUCGCGAACAUUUCCGGAUCUGCAACAGAGACAAUUGCGAUCCAGAUAUUUCACCCAAUGGCUCUCUGGGUCUCUCCUUCCCUGCGCUUGAGAAGGCAGGUGAAAUGGAUCUGGAGGGAAGAUUCUCUAGCUUUGACAUGCCGAAGCUCACAAACGUCACUGGAAUCGGAGGAUUUUAUUACGCAAUACAACUCCUCACAUCUGGAGGACCGGCGAUUAACAUAUCCUUCCCCGAGCUGAAAUACCUUCCAGAAGGAGGGUCUCUAAGUUUCGAAGGAAAUAUUGGAAGUUUAUCGAUACCCGACAUAAGUAAUAUUGGCUCGCUUGCUAUCAAUGCUUAUGACCGGUUGGACGUCAACUUGCCUUUUCAGGAAGCGUCAAACAUAAUGUUAACAGGCAAUAUCACGAGUGUCCAACUCCCAAAUUUAACGUCAAUCGAGCAAAUCUCGGUUAAUUCGGAUGCUGAUAUUGACUGUAAAUCCUUCCAGCAGACCAUAAUGACUGCGACAAACAAGUCGGAGUCCUCGGUGACCUGCUCGACCAGUUAUGCCAAUUCGGGCUCGCAUUUUAGUCAUCUUCAUCUUGGUGCCAAAGUCGUAUUUGGUGUCUUUGUUGGGAUUUUUGUUGAAUUCGCCAUGUUGUAG